ACGAUGCUGUGAUCUCUUUGGAUGGUUGUUGCAGUUUCGACUUGUGUUGUAAAAGUAAAUUGUAAUGGCGGUCGUGAAAUUGCUGUGACAGAUGCCAGAUAUUGGCUUCCGCAGCGUCGACUAUCUAAGUGUGUUGGAAGCGAGGUCAACAAUCCCGCGCACAUGAGUUAUGAGGUUCGACUGAGGCCUUUCCAUUUACUUGGAAAACGAUUCGACAUGUGGUUCACGGGCAAAGGCGACCUGGAGAGCCAGAAGGAGGCGCUGUUCAACGACCUGUUCCUCGAGCUGAAGCACGCCGCGCCGGGCGCGAGGCUGAGCUACCAGCUGAGGAACCGCCUGGAGAGGUUCUCGAUCGACGCCCGGCGCGAGAUCGUGAGCUUGGUGAAGGACGGCUGCGCGCCUCUGUUCGUCGCGUGCAAGCGCGGGCACGUGGAGAUCGUGCAGUACCUCAUCACGACGUGCGACGCAGACCUGGAGCAGAAGGGAUUCUACGAGGUGCCCGACGACCGCUCGGUGCACUGCGUCACGCCCUUGUGGUGCGCCGCGGUGUCGGGGCGGCUGCCCGUGAUCCGCUGCCUGGUGGAGCACGGGGCGGACGUGAACGCCAUCUCGGACACGGGCUCCACUCCAGUGCGCAGCGCGUGCUUCAUGACGCACCUGGACGUGGUGUCCUACCUGGUGGACUCGGGCGCGGACAUCAUCCGCCCCAACUACAACGGCGGGACGUGCCUCAUCAACUCGGUGCAGAGCGCGCAGCUGUGCCUGUACCUGCUGCAGCACGGCGCGGCGGUGAACGCGCGCGACGUGCAGAACAAGACGGCGCUGCACUACGCCAUCCAGGAGCACCGCUUCGAGACCACCAAGCUGCUGCUGGAACACGGGGCGGACCCUCACGCGCGCUCCCGCUACCACGACGACGCCUUGCAGACGGCGUGUCUCAAGGGCGCCACCAAGAUCCUGGAGUACCUGGUGUCGCAGAUAUCGUACGCGCCCGAGCGCCUGGCGGACGCCUACCAGCUGCUGGGGUCCACGUUCCUGGACGAGCACAACGACUCGUUCGCUGCGCUGUCGCACUGGCACACGGCGGCGCAGAUCAGGCAGACCCUGGACCCGCCGGCGCGCCCCCUGCCCGCCCCCGGCCAGGACGCCUCGCCCCGGUCCACGUACGGCGGCGCGGUGGAGUUCGCCUCCAUGGAGGACCUCAACAACGUGUCCACGGACGUGGACGCCAUGCGGACUCAGAGCUUGUUGAUAUGCGAGCGCAUCCUCGGGCCCAACCACAAGGACACGUUGUUCAGGCUGAUGUACCGCGGGGCCUCGUAUGCAGACGCCCUGCGCUAUCAGCGGUGCAUCGAUCUGUGGCAGCGCGCGCUGCAGAUUCGGGUGCAGAAGGACACGAUCCUGUACACGGACACGCUGUUCACGGCCCAGGCGCUGGUGCGGCUGUAUGUUGACCUGAACCAGAAGAAGCUGGAGAUGAGCCACUGCGUCGCAGAGGAGGUGGAGCCACGCUUCGAGGACGUGGUGACCACCUUCCGCUGCCUGGCGGACCAGGUGGUGUCCAUGCGCCACCUGCUGGAGGUGCGGCCGGUCUACAAGCGGCAGCAGGAGUGCUACGACCGCACGCUGCGCUGCCUCACGCACCUCAUCUACCUGCUGGUGGAGACGUACCACACGCCGUCCCAGGAGGAGGAGACCCGAGCCCAGGUGGAGAGGCUGGUGCGCCACAACCCCCGCUCGGCCGCCACCGGGGACUCGCUGCUGCACCUCUGCGUGUCCCAGCUCAACACCAUCAAGAGCUCCUACUUCAGCGACGACAACCAGGUGAUAUUUCCUAACUUGAACGUGAUCCGCCUGCUCCUGGACUCGGGAGCGCACGUGAACGCCCGCAACGAGUCCCGCUCGACGCCCCUGCACAUCGCCGCCACGCCGUACAACUUCCACAGCCCGCUGGUGGAGAUGCUGCUGGAGCACGGCGCCCACCUGGACCAGCCCAACCGCGCGGGCGACUGCCCCGCCGCCGUCAUCUCGGGCAACCCGCAGAACACCGUCGACAUGAUGAAGUACGUGUCGCUGCGCUGCUUCGCGGCCAGCGCCGUGUGCCGGCACGGCAUCCCGUACCGCGGCCAGGUGCCGCUCACCCUGGAGAAGUUCGUCGACUUCCACCACGUCUGAGGCAGACACGGAACUCAUAUCCAACAUGACAGCAUGAGUUCUGCUCGCAAACAAAAUACACACGGCUAGAUUCAAACUAAAUUAGUAGUAAGUGUUCAAAUUGUUGCCAGCACGUCUCCGUGUGAAAAGUCUGUUCUUGCAUGUAAAAUUAUAACUGUAAAAAUUGUGUACAUUGGAUUAACAUGUUUCAGUAUGAAUGGUAAGUAAUCAAAAAAAACUUAUGUUACAAAAAUAAAUAUCAUGUGUAUGUUAAGAAAUUAGAAUUUGGCCUAUCAUACUUUUUUUUUAAAUAAUGUAUGUCAGUAUUAAUAAAUGAGAAGAAAUGUUGUUUGGAUUGAAGCAUGCAGUAUUGAGUACAGUACAAAAUUUUUUUAGUAAAUGAAAGCAUGCGGUCUGUGAGAAGAGAGAUGGUGAAGCGUGGAAGAGAAGUGAGUUGUUGUAGUUGUGGAAGACUACAGCAUCCUCAAGGAUCCACUCUCACGCCGUUUGUUGCCUGCGUCAUCGUCUUCUGAGCUGUUUCUGGCCAGGAGCACCUUCGGCCGUCCUUUCUGCCUUUGGGUUCAGUGUUUGUUAGGUCCAUGAAGGUGUUUCCUCGUAUCUAAACUAAAACAACUUUAUUUUGAUACUCAUCCCGCCCUCUGUGUAAGAUGAAAGGCAUUUUUGAUUUGCGCAUUGGUUUUAUACUUUUUAUUUCUCUCAGAAAUUUGCCAAGCGUCAAUUUUUCUGCCAGUUUUUAGAGCAUUGAAGCGUUGAGUUGUUUGAAGAAGAGAGACAUUGAAUACAGGAAAGUGCGAGCUAACUGUUAACCACUUGCAGAGAAACUGUGUGCCUGGAAAUUAUCAUUUUCCCUGUAUAGGUCUACGAUGAUACCGCCCGUGAUUUUGAACAUGUUUAUUGUUUGAAAAGGCAAAAACAACUAGGCUUUGGAAGCGCAUAUAUAGUCUUUGGAGUCCAUCCUGUUCACCUGCUGUCGAUUGUGUGGUCGUGGUGUCAGCAGUGUCCUUGCGCUCCGGGCGAGUAGUGCUUUCAGUCCCAACUCAUGUUUGAACGCUCAACAGCUGAAAAAUAAGUGAAACUUUAUGCCUUUUAAGUUAUUCACUUUGCUUACAGUUAAGUACCUAAAUCAUUGGAAAUUUUUUAUUAUUAUUAUUAUGCUUAAGUUCAAGAAGUAUGUGACAAUAAGCUGUUUAUUUUGGUAGUUUUGACGAAGCAUCUAAAUCCAUCCAUCUUGCUUCAACCUAAAUUUAGCUUCAUCAUCAAACUGGGGAAUCCUCCCUGAUAACAUCAGAACAGUGUUUCGUAGAAUAUGGUGCAAGUUUUUGUUCGACAAGAUUUCCCAACAGUUGUUGCAAGCCACUCACUGAAAUUUUUCAAAACUGAUCGGAGAAUGUACAAUUGAAAUGAGGAUGUCAGACCUUAUUCGUAUCCGUUUCAAAGUGUGCACAGUUUUGCAUUUCAUGUGUAAAAGUAUGUUGGAGCAAGUCGUACUAAUUGUACAGUUUUUAAUCUUAAUGUUGUUUGUUAUUUGAGAGCUAACCCCUUAAGAAACAUUAAUAUAAACAAGUGAAAUAAGUAUUUACAGAUGAAUAUCUUAUUAAAAGUGGUAAUAAAACACACAAUUUAAUAAAAAAAAA